GCCCAUCGACUUUGUUGGGCCUAUUUUGGUGUAGCUUGUUAGUUUAUCGUUUUAUCCCAGCCUUAUUUUACUAUUUUCCAGAUUUUAGCUUAGACGGACAUGGAGGACGAUUUACGUGUGCUGUACGUUGGAAAUCUAGAUCCCCGGGCAACAGAAAAUUUCAUAUCCGAUAUAUUCUCGUCAAUUGGACUAGUCAAAAGCUGUAAACUAAUUCCCAGUCGCGAGCAUCCCGAUGAAGCUCCGUAUUGCUUUGUUGAGUUUCACAAUCACGCGACUGCUUCUCGAGCUAUUGCGGCGAUGAACGGUCGGACCAUUUUUGACAAGAAAAUCAAGGUCAACUGGAGAGCUAGCAACACGGCUACCAGAAAAGACAGCGCCGACCACCAUCAGGUGUUCAUCGGAGAUUUGAGUAGCGACGUCGAUUCGGACACUUUGAAGGCAGCUUUUCAACCCUAUGGAGUUGUGGCAGAUGCUAGAGUUGUACGAGAUCAACUCACAGGCAGAAGCAAGAGUUAUGGUUUUGUCUCUUUUGUUGAUAAGAUGGAUGCAACCACUGCUAUCAAACAAAUGAAUGGGGUAUUUCUUUGUGGUCGUGCUAUUCGUGUUAACUGGGGUGCUAGGAAGGGAACAGAAAGAGUACCGAGGCAGCUGUCUCUGGAAGAAAUCGCUUCUCAGUCGACCACUUUUAAUUCAACGGUUUAUGUUGGUGGUAUUUGCUCUAUGACAUCCGAAGAACAGUUUCGUCAGAAAUUUGGUUACUUUGGAAUAAUAACUGACAUUAGGAUAUUUGCCGACAAAGGCUAUGCCUUUGUGAAAUAUCGGACACAUGAAGAAGCUGCAUGUGCUAUUUGGAAGUGUCAUGGAAGUGAUAUGGCUGGGUCAAACAUUAAGUGUUCUUGGGGUCGAGAAGACCCGGCUGUUUAUUUGCAGAUGCAACAGUAUUGUCAAUAUCUCGCACAACAGACGCCACCGUCACCUCAACAAACACUACCAUACAUUCCCAUAAAUGCUGCAGCUGCAGCUCACCCAUCGGCUUCGAACGCUUCCACAUAUCACAUGUACUACCACAUGCAGUAUCCGUACUAUAACAGUCAGGGAGCUAUGACCCAGACGUCGUACAGUCUUGGAUCAGCUUCGUCUCCAGUGGCUGCUGGUGCUGGAGUGGCGUGUGGACCAGUUCAUAGGGUACCAUCUAUUCAGUCUUAUAACAGGCAGCACUGACGAGAGCUAGUGGAAUGUGGAAGCAACGGAGAAGCAACGCGGUUAACUGGUAAAUAGGUCAUUUGUACUGUGAAUUGCCUGUACAGAUUACAGAGAUGGUUGCCGUCGUGGAAUAGAAUAGAAUAGAAUAGAGAAAAUAAAUAUACUCUGCAACCUCUUUUUGUCUGAAAGAAGUUACAAUUUCAGAUACACUGUUUUUGGUUUGAUUACUUGAAGUAAAUUGAAUACAUGCUACCUUGGAAACUAGAAAUCAGUAUAUGUGGGGAAUAUGA